CAAGGCCCCGCUUCUCUCCUCAGAUGACGAGUACGUGUUUAUGGACUUGGGGCAGAAGCUCAGCGGGUACUUCUCGAAGGACUGGAAGCAGGAAGGGCGCAAAGGCAGUGGGCGGCCCCGCGCGCCCUUCGUGACCUUCCUCAGGGUGCAGUUCUACGUGGAGGACGGAAGGCUCCUGAGCGACAGGACGGCCAGACACCUGUACUACUGCCACCUGAAGGAGCGGGUGCUGAGGUCCCAGUGUGCCCACCGGGAGGAGGCCUACUUCCUGCUGGCGGCCUACGGGCUGCAGGCCGACCUGGGCAACCACCGGGAGCCGGUGCACGUGGGGAGGUACUUCGAGCCGCACGCCUACUUUCCACCGUGGAUUGUCGCCAGGAGGGGCAGUGCCUACAUCCUCAGGCACGCGCCUGCCGUGCACCGUGAGCAGCGGGGCCUGAGCCCCACGGAGGCCGUGCUGCGCUUCAUCAGGGAGGCCUGCCGGCUCGAGGACGUGCCUGUCCACUUCUUCAAGCUCUACAAGGAUAAGAAGGACGACAGACCUACGGUCAUCCUGGGACUGACCCUCAACGGAAUGCAAAUCUAUCAGGAGACGAGCCAUGCCCCAGAACUGCUCUAUGACUUCCCCUGGUCCCACAUUGGGAAGGUGGUGUUUCUGGGGAAGAAGUUUGAGGUGCAGCCGGACGGGCUGCCGUCGGCACGGAAGCUGGUGUUCUACACGGGCUGCGCCUGGCGCUCCCGCCACCUGCUGCGGCUGCUCAGCGCCAGCCACCAGCUGCGGCUCGUCCUGCAGCCCGCUCUGCGCAGGCUACGGCAGCGCGAGGAGGCCGAAGAGAAGAAGCAUUAUCGCGAGUCCUACAUCAGCGACACGCUGGACCUGGACCUGGACCCGGGCGGCAGGGGCUCUCCAGGCUCCCCUCACAGCGGGGGCAGCAGGGACAGUGGGGGCAGCAGCCAGCACCUCCCCCACCGCCUGUCCGUCCGGUCGGCCGACAGCCACGGCAGCUCCCACACGUCAGGCAUCGAGGCUGACGCUCGGCCCCUGGAGCCCGGGGAGAUGUCGGUGGACGCGGCCUUGGGUGCGGAGGCUCCCCGUGCAGAGGCCCCAGCCUGCAGCUCUAGCACCAGCCAGAGCAGCCACUGCACAGACGGUGGCAGCGGAGACAGGCCCGAGGGGGACACGCAGGGCUGGGCAGAUGCCUCUGGCCCGGGGCCCACGGCGGUCGUGCAGGUCCCGCUGACCGGCGUGAGGGGCAGGAGUGCCAAGGCCCUACACCAGAUGCCAGAGGCAGACCCACAGCACCGCAGCCCGGACCACGCACCGCCGGGAACCCAUGCGAUGAGGUCCACGAACAGCUUCCCCCUGGUCCUGUGCAAGGACGACCAGCUCCCACAGGAGUUCGUGGUGUAGAUGCCCCCAGAUGUGGCUCCGCCCACUUGGGGCUCAUCCACACUGCCCAGCUUGUCCAGCCGGCACCACUGCAUCCACGAGACACGGCUCGUCCACCCAGGGCUCUGUCUACACAGCACGGCUGCGUCUACACAGCAUGGCUCA